CUUUGACAUCUUGCACUUGCAUCUUCCAUCACUCUCUCUUCUCGUUUCCUCCUCCCUCCUCUACUCCUCCUUCUUCCAUCUCUCCUCGUCGUCGCAGCGGCAGCGCAGGCCAUCAGUCCGAGCCAUCCUUUCAUCGCCUCCGCCGUAGGGGUAGGCUCUCCUCACACCCAACCAACUCGUACCCCGUCCGCAUCUGAUCACCAUGACGGCGCUAUCUCCGCCGCCGCGGCACGACUUUUUUCAGACGCCCAGCAGUCUCACUGUUUCCCUCUACGUCAAGGGAUAUGCUGGCACACCCGUCUCCGUCUGCUAUCACACGCACCACAUCGACGUGUCGCUACCAGCAAUUCCUGGAUCGGAGGCGAGGGAGUUCAGUCUGGGGCCGCUGGCCGGCGCAAUCAUCCCCGGCGAGUGCUCGGAGCGCGUUCUUAGUACCAAAAUCGAGCUGCGCCUGCUCAAAGACCAGCCCGGCAUCACCUGGCCGGCGCUGUUCGCGACCUCGCCCGUCGACCCAUCAGCAGCGCGGGCAUACACCUCUCCGCCGCCCGCGCCGCCCGUGUCCCUCCCCUCUCCCUUGACGGCCCGCACGCGGCCAGAGGCCAAGCCCAAGAAGAACUGGGACGCCGUGCUCUCCGAGCUCGACGACGAGCGGGAACCGGCUGGGGACGCCGGCGGUGAUGCGGCGCUGCAGAAGCUCUUCGCGGGCAUCUACGCCAACGCCGACGCCGACACGCGCCGCGCCAUGAUCAAGAGCUUCACCGAGAGCGGCGGGACGGCGCUCAGCACAGACUGGAGCUCCGUCGGCAAGGGUGAGUGACCUGGCGCCACAGCGGCAGCGUGAGACAUGCCAUGUGCGGCACGUGCAUCUGAUCGCUCCCCUUGUGGCGCUCGCAUCAUCGGGACCGCGCAGCGGCCGUUCUCGGUCCGGCCAGCCGCUGACAGAUAGAGAAGGUGCCCGUCCGGCCCCCGGACGGCAUGUACGAAAUGAAGAUGUAGAUCACCACGAGCACGCGGCGCGGCCGCCCAGUUAUGCAACUAGCAUCUUACAGCUGUGAGGGGCUGGGGGGAGGAGAGGUGCUUGCUGG